CCUAUUGGCUGCAUUGUGGAAACGUGUGCAAUCUGUAUCAGAAACAGAGUUGUGUUCGUUGUCAGGAAGAGUAGUGUAAAAUUGAUAUUGCCAUCCGUAAUGCAGUAUAGGAGUAUCCAGUAACAACGUCAAGAUUUAUACUGAUAUUAAUAUUGCCAUCUACAAAGAAUUUAAAAAUGCAGGAAUCGAUUUUUGAUAUAUUUGGAUCACGACUUACAUCUCUGCAACCAACUGUCAGGCCAUUGCCUUCUAACACAUUUCAGACUGUGAAAGGAGAAGAUAAUGUGAGACUCAAAGCUUCUAGUGUGAGUGGUCAUCCUUCUAGUAAGAAGGCUCUUGGUGAUGUUGGAAAUAAGAUGAAGUCAUUUCCAGACUCACAGGAAUCAAGGAAAUUAUUGUCUGCCAACUAUGAUCAAGAAAAUUAUUUUCCACAGCCAUUGUAUAAAACUCCACUGUCAAAUAAGAAACCAGUAGCACCAAAUAAGGAAACACCAAGUUUGAAGUCAACUGUGCGAACACCAUUGUCAGACGUAAAAACAGUAUCAUCUGUAUCGAAACAAUCAUUUCAGAAUUCAUCAGAAUCAACUGUAUUAAAGAGUGGAAGCAAAAAUUUACUUUUGUCUGAAAUAAGUUUGUUUGAAGAUCUUAUGAAUGGAGAUGCUAAAGAUUUGUCUUGGAUGCAGCCUGACGAUGUUGAGGUUUAUGAACCUGUAGACAACUAUGAAGAUAUUAUACCCAACAGCCUUCGUCCGAGCGAGGAAGAUAUACAGAGAGUGGUACGUUUCUGGGACAUGCACACAGAUCCACUGGAAUCUGAUUUUGAAAUUGGUCCAUUUCUUCCAGUCAUUGAAGAACUAGAUGAUGGGUUUGGGCAGGUGCCAUUUCCAGAUGUAAGCUUUGAUGACGACGUACCUCCUGUACCAGUCCCUCCAACAGAUUGAUGUGUCUGGGACAUGAUGUCUAAUUAUUAAAUUACUCAGUGAUGAGAUAUUUUCUUUUUUUUAAAAAAAACCAGUAAUAUUUGAAUUAAUGUUGAGUUUACUGUUGGUAGUGUUAACAGUCGGAAUAUAUAAUUCUGAUGUUUUGUCUUUGAUUAAAUAUGUUUCAUCUGUAAGAUUUGAGGUUUUCACAGAUGAAACA